AUGAAGACCUAUACUCUUCCACUGGUCGCAUUCGCGACAUUCUGUCUUGCGUUUCCCGAGCUCGGGGAUCAUAAAUUCCAAGCCCCAGGUCCUUUCGACAGUCGCUCACCAUGCCCUGGGUUGAAUGCUCUCGCAAAUCACGGCUAUCUUCCCCGCGACGGCAAGAACAUUGACUACGACUUAAUCAACAAAGCUACACAAGAUGCAUACGGCUGGGCACCGGGUUCCUUCACCACCGUCGUUGACAUGGUCUUCGAAUUCAACAUAUCCACGACAAAUCGUCCCAAUGAGACUUUCCACCUGUUCGAUCUCGCCAGACACGACACGAUUGAAGUUGACGGCUCGCUCACGCGCAAUGAUAUCUAUUUCGGGGAUGAUGUCCACUUCGAUGCUACCGUUUGGGCUCCUGUAGCCAAGGAUCUGGGAUUGGAUGAUAUCCACUCGAAUAGUCUGUUUGUGACGCCAGAGAUAGCCGCUAAGGCUACGAAGAACCGCUACGAUCUUGCAGAGAGGGUCAAUCCGCAGUUCAAUAACUCUGCGCUUCGACAUGCGACUGAAUAUGGAACUACUGCGUUAUAUCUUCUGACCAUAUGGGAUGGUGAGAACAACGCUGCCCAGAAAUCGUGGGUCAAGGCUCUACUCGGAGAGGAUCGCAUUCCGUACAGAGAGGGUUAUCAGAAAGGGAACACGACAAAGAACCCUCAGACACUCGGUGCCAUGACUCAGACCUUGCGUGAUAUAGUUGGUUGGAAGGCAUGA